UAGAGUCGCGGCUCCGCGGGAGGUGGAGAGGCGCUCUGCCGCGGUGGCGUGUGGGAUGCGGGAGUGUGCGGCGGGGCGAGGUGGCGGAUCGAGGCCUGACACCGGCGGAAGCGGCUGCAGCCUCAGGGUGCGUCUGUCAAACUGCUGGUGUUUGGGAACCGGUCUGUGUCCUGCCAGAGGGGCUCUGGCUGCCCACCAGGAAAGCUUUGCUGCUGAAGUCGCCAGUGUCUGAAACUUGGAGUGCCAAAACAUGUCUCAAUCAGGUGAAAAAGUGAAGUUUCCCGACUCGGCAGGCUAUGUGGGAUUUGCUAAUCUGCCCAACCAGGUUCACAGGAAAUCUGUGAAGAAGGGCUUUGAAUUCACACUGAUGGUGGUUGGCGAGUCUGGCUUGGGAAAAUCCACUUUAAUUAACAGUUUGUUCCUGACUGAUCUCUAUCCAGAACGUUAUAUUCCUGGAGCUGCAGAGAAAAUAGAGAGAACGGUUCAAAUUGAAGCUUCUACAGUAGAGAUAGAGGAGCGAGGCGUGAAACUGCGUUUAACAGUAGUUGACACUCCAGGAUUUGGAGAUGCCAUUAACAGCCAGGACUGCUUCAAAACAAUAAUCCAGUACAUUGACAACCAGUUUGAAAGAUACCUUCAUGAUGAGAGCGGUCUAAACAGGCGCCACAUCAUAGACAACAGAGUCCAUUGCUGUUUUUACUUCAUCUCUCCCUUCGGGCAUGGGCUGAAACCGUUAGAUGUAGAAUUCAUGAAGGCUCUGCAUGGAAAAGUCAACAUUGUCCCUGUGAUUGCCAAGGCUGACACGCUGACGCUGAAGGAGAGAGAGAGGCUUAAGAGAAGAGUUCUGGAUGAGAUUUCUGAACAUGGCAUUAGGAUUUAUCAGCUCCCUGAUGCAGAUUCUGAUGAAGAUGAGGAGUUUAAAGAACAAACCAGGGUUUUAAAGGCUAGCAUUCCCUUUGCUGUCAUUGGAUCCAAUCAACUUAUUGAGGUGAAAGGGAAAAAAAUCAGAGGCCGUCUUUAUCCAUGGGGAGUUGUCGAAGUUGAAAAUCCAGAGCACAACGAUUUCCUUAAGUUGCGCACGAUGCUGGUAACGCACAUGCAGGACCUGCAGGAGGUGACCCAAGAUUUGCACUAUGAGAACUUCCGUUCGGAGAGGCUCAAACGGACUGGGAAGCCUGUUGAAGAAGAAGUGGUAGACAAGGAUAGAAUCCUCCAGCAGAAGGAGGCUGAGCUGCGCCGCAUGCAGGAGAUGAUUGCACAGAUGCAAGCCCAAAUGAGGAUGAAGCCUGGUGAUGAUUAAGAUGUUUAGCAUCUGGAUGCAUCAGCAGUAUACAGUUCUCUAAGUGGAUGGGUGCUCUGUUUUCUUUGACCGAAUGGUAAUGUUCAAAUGCAAAAGCUGGAU